CGUCUGACAGUUGACUUGUCAGAGCAAGGCAGUGAAUUGAUUUUUUCGAAAAUGUCGUUUGCGGACAAGAUUACUAUGCUGAUGACGCGCCCGGGCGGCGAAAAUGCCCAAAAAGACGAUGUCCCUUGGUGGAUGCGUUACGCUGGAAGAGGUUUAGGCACAGUUGGCAGUUUAAUCGCCAUCCUGCUGGGUGUGUUUAACUGCCUGGGUCUGCUGACGCUGAACGUGCCUUGCAUGCUCGCCGGCAUCUGGCAGAUGCUGGCCGGCUUCGUGGUGAUAGUAUGUGAGGCGCCUUGCUGCUGCUUCUGCAUCGACUAUGUGCAGGCCCUUUCCGAUAAGGUGGAGACAAGGCCCUACUGGAACAAGGCAGUGUUAUACGUAGGACUGGCGUUGCCGCCUUUCUUCCUGUGCUUCCUAAGCCUCAGCACGUGGUUCGGCAGCGGAAUGAUCUUCGGCACCGGCGUCAUCUACGGCAUGAUGGCGCUCGGCAGGAAAGCGUCAGCCGAGGAGAUGAGGACGUCUGCGGCGAACCUGGAGGCUGGUCUGGGCCAGCCGAGCUCAGCGCCGCGCGCCAACCUCGUCGCCAACGAGCAGCCCGUCUCCUUCACCGGACUGCCUCUGCCUCUGCCCAACUGACCAAAUACACGGUAACUUGCCCUAUCUUCAAUGUUCUUAACCCUAAAGUUAUCGUCUCCCGAAAUGUUUCAAUGUCAAAUAUAUCAGAAAUAGUUUGUGCGUGUAAUUUUUAUGUAAAAUCAAUACAGUAAUUUAUUUAUUCAGUCCAAAUCAUGGAUAAUCUGGUGUUGCUUUAAAAGAUGAUAAAAGAAAAAAGUUUUAAAUGGCAACACAAUGACAAUGUCAAUUAUUUGACAAAAUUAUUAACCAAAAAAAUAAUAAUAACUUAAAAUAUAUUUCGAUCAAUGUGUGAAUAAAUU